GGUAAGGUGAGGGCGUGGGACGAUCGUGUUUCCUGAAUUUCCAGUUUGUUCUCUCCUCAUCCCCCUGGAGGUAGUCCUGGAAUGACAGCGGUAGGCGGGACAGCAGUGUUCAUUCAGCCACCGUGACAGGCAGCUCGGCCCACCUUAUCAUUAACCCGAGCAGCAGCAGCGGCAGCAGCAGCGCAGGCUAACUAGUGAGCUAACCCUUAAUAGCUAGUCGACGGUCCAUUAUCCUGUUGUCUUGUAAUAAUCGCAUUCUACACCGGGAGACCAGGACAACAAGCGAAACCGAGUUAAAAUGAAGACUCGAACGAACUUUGGGUUGUUACCCUUAUGCGCGUUGUCUGUGUUAUAUUCGUGUUCAGCUUUUUAUCUUCCGGGUUUAGCUCCAGUAAGUUUCUGUAAGGAGGUUAAAGAAGAGGGUGAAUGCCAGACUCAGAUCCAGCUGUUCGUGAAUCGGUUGGAUUCAGUGGAAUCGGUCCUACCUUACGAAUAUGACGUGUUUGACUUCUGCCAAGAUGCAAAGGAGAGCAGACCAUCGGAGAACCUGGGGCAGGUGUUGUUUGGUGAAAGAAUUGAGAGUUCCCCAUACAAAUUCAAUUUUGAUGAAAAAGUGGAAUGCAAGAAGGUAUGCACAAAAGUGUAUAAAAAGGGUAACAAGGAGGAUGGAGAAAAACUGGAUUUCCUUAAGCGUGGAAUGCAGCUGAACUACCAGCAUCACUGGAUCGUUGACAAUAUGCCUGUCACUUGGUGCUAUGAUGUAGAGCAGGGUCAGAAGUACUGCAAUCCGGGCUUUCCAAUUGGCUGCUACGUCACCCCUGAGGGCAAUGGCAAGGACGCCUGCGUUAUCAAUGCCGACUUCAAUAAAAAAAACAGCUUCUAUAUGUUCAACCAUGUGGACAUCAAGAUCACUUACCACAGUGGAGGGGACGAAGGAUGGAAAGGUGCAAGGCUGGUGGCUGCUACUAUGGAGCCCAGGAGUAUCAAACACGAGGACGAGAAUAAACCGGCGUGUGGCGGGACAGUGCCUAUGGAUGUUUUCUCAACAUUUGACUCCGACGUGAAGAUAACAUACACCUACUCGGUUAGCUUUGAGGAGAACAACGCCAUCAAAUGGGCCUCCCGAUGGGAUUACAUCCUGGUAUCCAUGCCCCACACCAACAUCCAGUGGUUCAGUAUCAUGAACUCGCUAGUCAUUGUCCUCUUCCUGUCUGGCAUGGUUGCCAUGAUCAUGCUGAGAACCCUGCAUAAGGACAUAGCGAGAUACAACCAGGUGGACCAGGACUUGAUUAAGGUUCCGACACCAUCAGGAAAAGUCCAAAUAAACUACGAGGACGCUCAGGAGGAGUCUGGCUGGAAGCAGGUGCACGGCGACGUCUUCCGGCCCCCCAGGAAGGGCAUGUUGCUGUCAGUCUUCCUCGGACAGGGCACCCAGAUCUUCAUCAUGACCUUCAUCACACUCUUCCUGGCCUGCCUGGGCUUCCUCAGCCCGGCCAACCGCGGAGCUCUGAUGACGUGCGCCGUAGUUCUCUGGGUCCUCCUCGGCACACCGGCCGGCUACGUAUCCGCACGCCUCUACAAAACGUUCGGGGGGGAGAAGUGGAAGACCAACGUCCUCUUGACGGCCCUGCUCUGCCCGGGGAUCAUCUUCGCAGACUUCUUCCUGAUGAACCUGAUCCUGUGGGUGGAGGGCUCCUCCGCGGCCAUCCCCUUCGGCACCCUCGUCGCCAUUUUGGCUCUGUGGUUCGGGAUCUCCGUGCCCCUCACCUUUCUGGGCGCCUACUUUGGCUUCAAGAAACCUGCCAUCGAGCAGCCCGUUCGAACCAAUCAGAUUCCCCGGCAGAUCCCAGAGCAGUCUUUCUUCACCAAGCCCAUCCCGGGCAUCGUCAUGGGCGGCAUCCUGCCCUUCGGCUGCAUCUUCAUCCAGCUCUUCUUCAUUCUCAACAGCAUUUGGUCCCACCAGAUGUACUACAUGUUUGGCUUCCUGUUCCUCGUGUUCAUUAUCCUGCUAAUCACCUGCUCUGAGGCGACAGUGCUGCUCUGCUACUUCCACCUCUGUGCUGAGGACUACCACUGGUGGUGGCGUUCGUUCCUGACCAGUGGCUUCACGGCCGUCUACCUGUUCAUCUACGCCAUCCAUUACUUCUUCUCCAAGCUACAGAUAGUAGGCGCGGCCAGCACCAUCCUCUACUUCGGCUACACCACCAUCAUGGUGCUCAUCUUCUUCCUGUUCACAGGCACCAUCGGCUUCUUCUCCAGUUUCUGGUUUGUGAAUAAGAUCUACAGUGUGGUCAAGGUGGACUGAAGGGCUGGGUGAGGCGGACAGGUUUCAUCGCAGCCCCAGGCCCCUUCAGCAUCGGCUUCUCAAGAGGAAUUUAUGUGAAAAGACUCAAAAGAAAAUUGCUUAUCUCUGUAACAACGGCAAGGGCAAAACAAGAAAUCCUUCUUUUUUUGUUGUUGAAUGUGCUCCUAUUUUUUGGGUUUCAUAUUUUUUUUUUUUGCUCUUGAGCGGUUUUGGCUCCUUCAACAUAAAGGUGACUUCCAAAGAUCUGGCUGUUGUUGUUAAUAUUAAUAAUUUUGGAUGUAAGAGUAAACUAAUAGGCCUCAAGAAAUCAAAGUUCACAACUGUGUUCCGUCCCAUUUUCUUGGUCUACUUUUUAUAUUAUCAUUAGUCUUUUGAUCUCUACUGCUGUAUUGACAUAAUAUGCGUUGGUAUAUCUAUGUUUUUAUGUAUGAGUGUGUGUGUGUGUGUGUGUGUGUGUGUGUGUGUGUGUGUGUGUGUGUGUGUGUGUGUGUGUGUGUGUGUGUGUGUGUGUGUGUGUGUGUGUGUGUGUGUGUGUGUGUGUGUGUGUAUAGUAUAUACAUGCCUUUUCAAAUGCAUGGAUAUAGUAUAGUAUAGUGAUACAAAGUCAUUUUUUCUGUUUUUGUGGAAGGUGAAGGGCAUAUACAGACUUGACUAUAAACAGCUUAUUAUUGUGGUAAUUUCAUAAAUGAGGUCUCUCUAUAACCAUGAUCGCUCUACAUUGUUUUUCCAUUCCUGCCUUUUUAUUUAAAAUGACAUGUUUUUAUUGUAGGAGGUUAGUGUGACCUCUUGGGGACCAUGGAACGUUUGUCAAGGGGUUCAUCGCAAUAGAGAUUGAAGAAUAAUGAAGUACACGGCACAGCGAUGUUCGCGAACACUUUGAGUUACAAAUACCUGAAAUGCAGAUUCUUCUUCCGUUGUUAAUAGCAGUGUGGACUGUGUGGGUUUGGCACCCCCUGCUGGUAACAUUUUUACAAAUGAUAAAUACUUAUUUGGAAAAGUA